UUAAGUGAUAAGUGAAUAUCUAAUACGUAUUCAUUUUGUUUCGAACCUCAAAAUUUAUGAAUGUAUAGUACCGUUAAUUGACGAGAAUGAGUCACGGGGAUAUUACGUAUUGCGAUAACACAUUGAAUAAGAAAAUUGUUCUGAACGACGACUGUAAAUGUUACGAAAGCAAUACCCCGUGUAUAAUCGUACAUGGGGGGGCUGGAAAUUUUAGUGAUAACAUAGUUAUAGAAAAAAUGACAGCUUGUAAAAAAGCUGCGAUCAACGGUUACAAAAAAUUAAUACGCGGUGAAACUUCGGUGGAUGCAGUAGAGGCUGCAUUGUGGUGGCUAGAGUGCGACGAAUUCUUUAAUUGUAGUUACGGAUCCGUACUGAAUGAGAUAGGGAAAGUUCAAAUGGACGCAAGUAUAAUGGACGGUUACACAUUCAAAUGCGGCUCGGUAGCGGCAGUCUCGGAUAUAGAGCAUCCUAUAACUCUUGCAAAAUACGUUAUGAACAAUUUCCCGAAUUCUAUUUUCGUUGGCGACGGUGCGAAAAAUUUAGCGAAGCACGCGGACAUAAAUUGGCUGUCGGAAGGAAACAUGACCGCACCGUUAGCGCGUUUAGCUUUCGAUACGGAAGAAAAAGGAAAACUCGAUUCUGUCGUUGAUAAUCAGAGUUUGUUGGAUCUCAAUACAUUAAUUGGUAAAACAACUGUAUUCGAUAUUGUAAUUAGAAAAAAAAUAGAUACUCCAUGCCAAUCGUUCGUAGAUAGUUCCGAUACCGUUGGUUGUGUAGCGUACGACGGGUUUAGCAUAGCCGCCGGGACCACGACAGGUGGUUUAAACAAAAAGUUAGUAGGAAGAGUAGGAGAUUCUCCGAUCCUGGGCUGCGGUACUUAUGCCACCAGGAACGUAGGUUGUUCUUUAACGGGGCACGGGGAAUCUAUAAUGAAGCUAGGAUUGGCGCGUGCAAUCGUAGAGGAUGUCGAGCAUAACGUUCCGAUCGAAGAAGCUCUGAAUAAUCAUUUUACCCAUAUGUUAAAUAAAUUUGACCAAAUCGGCGGCGGGAUUGUACUUCAACCGGACGGUCAUUGGGCAACGUAUUUCACUUCUGAGAAAAUGCCGUACGCGGUAAUAGAGAACAAUUUAAUCACGUAUGGGGCACGAUUGUACGAAGAGAAACGGGAAAUUUAUAACGAGGGCAGGCGUUGUGAAUGCGAUUUUCCAAUUGUACUUAUAAUUAGAUAUCUUCAUAGAAACUACAUCGAUAUUUCAUCUGUUCAAUGUUAUCAAUCUUGUAUUUCAGCAUAG